AUGGACCCUGCAAAGUCCUUGAAGCCCCACGACAAAACCCGCAAGCGUCUACUCAUCGUCGCCCUCUCCUCUCUCCUCCUCCUCAUUGGCACCGUCGCCGGAAUCCUCAUUCACAAGCGCAGCUCUGGCCACGGCGUCCCUUCGAGCUCCGUCUCCCCAGCGGAGUCGAUUAAGGCGGUGUGCAAAGAGACGCCGUAUCCCGACGCAUGCUUCUCCAGCAUUUCCGCCCUCGCCCCUCCAAACACCAUCGACCCCGAAGUUAUAUUGAAGCUCUCCCUGCAAGUCGUCGUCACCGAGAUCUCCAAGCUCACGUCCCUCCCGGACAGCCUCGCGGCGAAGUCCACCAACCCCCGGACCCGCAAGGCGCUCGCCGUCUGCAAGACCGUGCUAGAGGACGCGGUGGUCUACGUGAAUGACUCGAUAUCGUCGGCGGAGGCGGGGAAGUCCGGCGAGAUCCUAUCGGUGGCGAAUAUCGGGGACGUCUGGACGUGGCUGAGCGCCGCCAGUGUGAAUCACGAGACCUGCCUGGACGCCCUCCGAGAAAUUAAAUCGUCGCUGGAAGAUGACGUGGUGGCGGCGAUGCGGAACUCGUCGGAGUUCACAAGCAACAGCUUGGCCAUUGUAACGAAUAUCUCUGGGGUUCUGGAGGAGUUCGAGCUUCCGAUUCAUCAGGGGCGGCGGCUAUUGGGGGAAUCGGGUUACCCUGAGUGGGUGGGGGCGGGGGUGCGGCGGUUGCUGCAGGUGGAGAGGCCGACGCCGGACGUGACGGUGGCGAAGGACGGCACUGGAGAUUACAGGACCUUAAAGGAGGCAGCGAAGGCGGUGCCGAAGAAGAGCAAGAAGAGAUUUGUGAUAUACGUGAAGAGUGGGAAGUACGUGGAGAACGUGAUUUUGGACACUGACCGAUGGAACGUCAUGAUCUAUGGCGACGGCAAAGACAAGACCAUCCUCUCCGGCAGCUUGAACUUCGUCGAUGGCACCCCUACUUACGACAGUGCCACUUUCACCGUAACGGGGAAGGGCUUCAUCGCAAAGGACAUAAGGUUUGAGAACACGGCGGGGCCGGCGAAGCUCCAGGCGGUGGCGCUCAACUCCAGAUCUGACACCUCAAUCUUCUACCGCUGCUCUUUCGACGGCUUCCAGGACACCCUUCUCGCCGACUGCCAGCGCCAAUUCUUCCGUGACUGUGACAUCACCGGUACCAUCGACUUCAUCUUCGGUCACGCUGCCGCCGUCUUCCAGAAUUGCAAUAUCCGGCCCAGGCAACCGCUGCCCAACCAGUACAACAUCAUCACCGCGCAAGGGAAGUAUAAGCCCAAUCUGAAUUCGGCCUUCUCCCUCCACCGCUGCAGCAUCACCCCUCUAGAAAAACUCACCGUCCCGACUUACCUCGGUCGCCCCUGGAAGAAUUGCUCCACCACCGUGGUCAUGCAGUCCUUUAUCGGGCCGUUCCUGGACCCGAUGGGCUGGAUCGAAAGGGUCAAGGGGAUCGACCCGCCCAGUACCAUAUUCUACGGGGAGUAUCAGAACAGGGGCGCCGGGUCGGCAACUGACAAGCGGGUCACGUGGGCCGGGUACCACCCGCGCAUUACGGCGAACCAGGCUAGGAAGUUCUCCGUGGGGCGUUUACUCGAAGGCGGAAAAUGGCUCCGGAAGGCCAAGGUUGACUAUGAUAUGUUAAUAUGAUUAUAACCAUUAUCAUUAUAUUAAUUUUAUUUAUUUAUUUAUUUUAGGGGAUGAAAUUCCUAACACGACAUUACUAUCAUUGUAAUAUUCGAUUUUUUUGCCUAUCAAUGUUGGGAAAAAUUUAUAUAUGAACAAUUUCUACAA